AAGUUAUCUCAGAAAUCGAAGCGAAACUCAGUGUAUACAGCUUCCAAGAAAUACACAGCAUAGAGGAAUUAAACAAGUGGUAUGAUGGAAGAAUCACGCACCAAGACGUACUUCGAGAUUACUAUUACUCCCAACAAAAAGUACGUCAAUUACGAGCGUAUGAACUGCAAAAGCGAAAGUAUAUCAACAGGCUGUGUUCUCAAGAGCGAUCUUAUGUGACCUCAAGCAGUAAGAAACCAUUAACAAUGUUUAUUGGAGAUAGCGGACUCUGUUUUGGAUCGUCCAUAAAAGGUUAUCAAAGAUACGGAGGAUACUGGAAGCCUAUCAAGCAUAGCCUCUACACUAUGGCUUGCAUAACAAGCGAAUACAACACGUCGCAAACUUGCAUUUUUUGUUUUAAGAAGCUACUACACCCAAAGUGCAGUACAACAGACAAAAAUGACCGUAUCAAUUUAAAAAAUGUGAAUGGCGCUUUUGUUUGCGUGAACCCAUCCUAUCCGUCAGUAAAAGCAGGUCAAAACACUCAUGCUAGGGACACUCUGAGUGCUGUUGCUAUUGGCUUAUCUGGGAUCGCAACUUUACUACUUGGAACAACAUUUCCUCAAUUCAACCAACCUGCUGCCGCUUUCUGUACAGGAAACGCUGUUAGGCCUAUUACCACUGGUUAUAAUACCUAGGUAUUGUCUAAAGUAGAGCAUUUUUCAUUCUAGAAACAUUUUA